AUGUGGACAGGAACGACCGUCCUUCCCAUCCCGUUCAGUGUCUUCCCGUCCAGCUACCGGAACGUCUCUAAGGACGCCGUCAAGGAAAACGAGAAGCUCGAGGUAGAAGCAGAAGCAAAAGCACCACAGGCAGGGCGGGAAGGUCACUCUGAACACAAGGAAUCCUUCUCUGCUCACAUCAACCACAAGCCUGCUGAGCAACGCGAGACCUACACCGAAGACGUCCGUGUUUUUGAAGACCGCCGUCGACCGCAACCCCAGCAACAGCAGCGCCGCGAGGAGAUCCACAUCCACGAGGAGCAUCGCCACCAGCGUCCCCAGCAGCCCCAGCACCGCGAAGAGGUCCGCAUCCACGAGGAGCACCGCUUCAACGACAAGCACACGGAGCCCCGUCGCGAGGAGAUCCGCAUCCACGAAGAGCACCGCUACCGCCAGCCGCAGCCCAACUCGCGUUUCGAGAGUGAGCGCGUAGAAGUCCGUGACCACUACCAACCUUCCCAUCCCAAGGACAGGACCUACGACCGGGACUUCAAUUCAGUCCACGGAGCUUCCGCAGACAACGCCACCACCCAGAUUGACGUUUCCGAGCGUCAAUACCGUGAGCACACGCGUCCCAUUGUCGGUGCCGCCGCCGCCAAUCUAACCACCUCGCCCAACUACGACCAGGCCUCCGCCUACCGCAAGGAGUCCUUCACCGCCAAGCACGACACCUACCCGUACCGUCGUGACGUCGACACCGUCGACAGCCGCUACCCCCAGCAGACCCACAAGCGUGAUAUGGGAUAUUACGACGAAGACGGCCAGUAUCAUUCCUUCCGUCACGGUAUUUCCAAAGCUGCCCAUAAGGUCGCCGAGAAAGUAGUCCACCCCUACCACUCUUCUCACCACCACCACUCCCACGACCACUCCUACGUCGGCUCUAAGCACGACGAUCGCCGCGAGGAAAUCGUAGUCAAGGAAAGGCACUCCACCGCUCCUUCGGCCCCAGCCCCCGCUCCCGCCCCCGUCCGCACCCACACCAAGGUCUCUCACCACUCCCACGCUCCGGCUCCCUCGUCCGUUUCUUCCUACCGCUCCGUCCAGACCUCUGCCCGUCCUCGCACCAUGGCUCCUCCCAACACCAUCACCAUCCCUUGCCACCACAUCCGCAUUGGCGACCUCCUGAUUCUUCAGGGCCGCCCUUGCCAGGUCAUCCGCAUCACCACCUCCUCCCAGACUGGCCAGCACCGUUACCUCGGUGUUGACCUCUUCACCAAGCAGCUCCAUGAGGAGUCCAGCUUCAUCUCCAACCCAGCUCCCUCUGUGGUUGUCCAGAACAUGCUUGGUCCCGUCUUCAAGCAGUACCGCGUGCUCGACAUCCGCGAGGAUGGCCGCGUUGUUGCCAUGACCGAGACUGGUGAUGUCAAGCAGGGUCUUCCCAUCCUUGACCAGAGCAACCUCCUCCACCGCCUGAGCGAGUCCUUCGACAACGGCCGUGGCAGCGUCCGCAUCCUCGUCAUCAACGACGAUGGUCUCGAGAUGGCUGUCGACUACAAGGUUGUCCACGGAUCCAGGUUGUAGAUGUUGGUGUCUUCAUUGACCGUCAGCAAACCAUCUUCCCAUAAUGAAUGCAUAAAGGAGUUUGUUCCCGGUUGGCCCGCUUCUUGAAAUUGUGUCUAUAGCCUUUCUUAGCCUUGAUUUUUUGUCGUUCGUGCGGUUGGGAACUGUGGUUGACUACUGCUGUCGUCCGGUGCUUUUGGGUCUCCCUCUACCGCACUCUGGGGGUUUAUGGUUGCAUCGGCAGGUGUUCCUGCAUUAGCUGCCGCCUUUGUCCGCGAGUGUGUGUGUGAGUGUGGGUACUCGGGAGCGCUAGUGUCAACCCCAGGUUUUCUCGCUACUUCCCCCCGCGUGAUCAGGAAAAAAUAUAGCUGGAUGUAAACUUGUGGAUAAUAUAAUCAAUUGGAGUCCUUUGCUUAUCAUCUGUCCGUCCAAGACUUUGCUUUGUCGUGAUCCACUCUCUAUGUCUGUGUGCCUUGUGUAGUGAUGCCAACUUUGGUCUUGGGUAGUGGGCGGAGCGCUCUUGCAUUGCCAUGGGGAAGCCCACUGUGUAGCAAGAGAACAAGUCCUCUCUGUCUGCGUCUCCUUUCCUCCUUAUAUCUCUUUUUCGCUAUGUCGUUGAUCCAUAUCCCCUCUUCCUGUACCCCUCUUGUCCCCUUGUUACUUGGUGAAGAUCUAUCCAAAUAAAUCACUCCGUCUUUCUCUUUUCCCCUACAUAGACAGCUUAG